AUGCUUAAAAUUCUAGACAUGCCGCGGAAGAGGAAGGUGCAGUUGGCCUGUAUCCUAUUGCCUGGUAUCUCAGUUAUCGCCAUCUCCAUCACACGCCUCAUCUUCGUGAUCCAGGGCCAAUGGGAGCCAGACAUGAGCUGGUCCUAUAAUCCCAUGCUUGCUAUAGAGGUCUCUGAGAUUGGGGCUACCCUAAUCGCACUCUCGGUGCCUGGAAUUAAACCACUGUUUGACAAGUUUGUCCUACGGAAGGGUCCCACCACGACCUCGUCUGGAUCUGACUUCAACAGCGGGGGAAGCCGCUCCAGGAAGAACACGCUGCGCCGCACCGGCCAUAGUGUCCUCGCGAGCAACGAGAAUAUCAGAAGCACAAGCCAGUUCGAAAUGGCGCCAGCUCGCAGGAGCGACACCCGGACGGCGAGCAGCACGGAGGGUAUUCUCGUGCGUGUGGAUGUGGACAUGAAAAAGGACAGGGGGGAUGUCCAAGACUACAUUAGAAACCAGUAUGGUAAGUUUUGA